AUGAGCUCAUAUACUGUCCAGCCGGGGGAUUCGAUGUAUGCCAUUUCCCAGAGGCUCGGUGUUACCCUCCAAGCUCUCGAGGCUGCCAAUCCUCAGGUCAGGCCGCCUGCAUUCCAGAUCAAUGUCGGUGAUGUUCUGAAAAUCCCAGGCAAGGGUCCAGGUCCUACUCCUUCUGGCGGCACUUAUACUGUCCAGCCGGGGGAUUCAAUGUAUAUCAUUUCCCAAAAGCUCGGGAUUACCCUUCAAGCUCUCGAGGCUCUUAACCCUCAGGUCAAACCGCCCGCAUUCCAGAUCAAUGUCGGCGAUGUUCUGAAAAUCCCAGGCAAUGGUCCAGGUCCUACUCCUCCUGGCGGCACUUACACUGUCCAGCCGGGGGAUUCGAUGUGGGCCAUUUCCCAAAGGCUCGGGAUGAGCCUUCAAGCUCUCGAGGCUCUUAAUCCCCAGGUCAGGCCGCCUGCAUUCCAGAUCAAUGUUGGGGACGUCCUGCAGAUAAGCUAA